AUGUCCCUCUUCUGCUCCAUCUCGGGCACCCAGCCCCUCCACCCGGUCGUCUCGACCAAGUCGGGCCACGACAACGACGGCAAGGACCCCAUCUCGGGCGAGCAGCUCACCGCCGACGACCUCGUCGAUAUCAAGACUGCUCCGUCGCAGCCGACCGCACCGCCUCGCGCCCCGACCUUCACCUCGGUCCCGUCGCUCCUCCACACGCUCCAGCAAGAGUGGGACGCGACCAUGCUCGAGUGCCUCAACCUCCGUCGCGAGUCGGCCGAGCUGCGGCAAGAGCUGUCGCACGCCCUGUACAAGGAGGACGCCGCCAUGCGCGUCCUCGCCCGCGUCAGCCGCGAGCGCGACGAGGCCCGCGAGGCGCUCGCGAGCGUAAAGGCGACCCUCGGGCCGGCGUACCAGGGCCAGGGCGCAGAGGCGGCGCAGGGCGGUGACGCGCAGAUGGAGGGUGUCGAGGAGCAGCAGGAGGCCAACUUGCCCGCCGACGCCAAGAAGCGCGUCGAGCAGACCCACGAGACGCUCUCGGCAACCCGUCGCAAGCGCAAGACGCCGCCCUCGGCCGCGACGGCCGACGAGGUCAAGACGUUCGUCCAGGGCACCACCAUCCCUUCCCUGCACACGACCAAGCCGCCAGGCAUCGCCGCUCUCACCCUUGCCAAGGACGGCGACCUCGUCGUUACCGGCGGCCUCGACAAGAACGUCAUCGUGUACGACCGGUCGACGAGCAAGAUCGUCGCGACGCUCAAGGGCCACACCAAGAAGGUGACGGCCGUCGUCGCGUCGCCGUUGGUCACGGACGAGGGCCUCCCGUCGUUCAUCGUAUCGUCGUCGCUCGACAAGACGGUGCGCGUGUGGACGCCCAACGGCAACAAGACGGUGUACGGCUGCACGGGCAACCUGUCGCUCGGCGCCGAGGUGCGCCAGGUGGCGCUGCACCCGACCAACUCGCUCGCCGUGUCGGUCCAGGGCGACGGCACGUGGGCCAUCCACGACCUCACCGGCGGGGACAAGCCCGAGACGAUCCUCACGGGCGCGCUCCCCGCCGACGCGGCCGAGGGCACGAGCAACACGGCCGUCGCCGUGCACCCGGACGGCAUCAUCUUUGCCGUCGGCUCGUCCGACUCGCGCAUCCGCGUGUUCGAGACGCUCACGGGCAAGUGCGUCGCCGCGUUCGAGGGCCAUUCGGCCGAGCCCGACGCCAAGGACGUCGUGUCGCUGUCGUUCUCGGAGAACGGCUACUCGCUCGCGAGCGCGGCCCUCGCCUCGGCCCAGGCCAAGGUGUGGGACCUGCGCAAGCUGAGCUGCACGGCAAGCAUCGACGUCGAGCAGCAGCCGGUCAACGUCGUCGCGUGGGACUACACGGGCCACUUCCUCGCCGUCGCCGGCGCCGACGCGCGCGUGUACGCCAACAAGACGUGGGCCCUCCUCGCCAAGAGCGACGACAACGCGGCAGAGCUCACGGGCGCUCGCUGGGGCAAGGACUCGAAGGAGCUCGUCGUCGCCGGCAUCGACCGCACGGUGCGCUUCCUGUCGGCGCCCGCCUCGGAGUAAGGGUGUCGCGGUCGAGCUGGGAGGACGCGAGCAGGGUCGAGGAGGAGCGAGCGGGUCGAAAAUCUGCGAUACCAAGCUGUUCGUUACACUGUG